AUGGCGGAGGGGCGCGCCCCCGCGCGGGGGCCGACGGGAAGGAAGUUCGAACGGCGGCGGCGGGCCCAGGCGGCCAUGGCGGAGGAGGCGGCCGAGGAUGCUGCGGUGCGGACCCUGCCCAGCCUCAGGCGGGUCUCCCGUGCUCUGCCCUUCGGACGGACCCACAGCCGCCUCGGCACCAGCCCCAGCGGCCGCCUCAUCGCGCCGGCGCUGUGCUCUCAGGAAAGCGUCGAUGCGCAGAAAGUAGCGUUCCUGCUGCGAAAAGCCUGGACGCUGUACAGCGUGACGCCCCUGUUCCGCUUCCAUCGCGCCCGCCUCACGGAGUACGCGCGGCUGCUCAGCGCCUUCAUCGCCGCCGAGAAGAGGAAGGGGCUGGCGGUGGAGGUGGGCGUCGAGCUGGACAUCAAGGUGGCCCUGACCAGCCUUGCCGACCUCAGGGGCAGCGAGCUGGACCAGGCUGCCCUCCUCGUGCAGCUCUCUUCAAGGUCACAAACUUCCUCCAGGAACUCUGAAGACAAGCUGGUGUGGUCAGGCUGGUUCUGCUCCAUGUUUGGAGACGACUUUUCCGAGAAUGUGCUGGAGGACUUCACCUGCCUGCCCCUGUUCCUGAGCCACGGGGCCGAGAGCUACACAACCUUGGUUGGAAGCUGGUUCCAGAAGACUUUUGACUGCUGUUUCCGCCGCCUGGCCAUCAGCCCCCUGAACCUCAGCUGGAUGGUGGCCAUGUGGGCUGGCUGCAAGCUGGACAGAGCUGCCUCUGCCGUGGAACUCGUCUUCUCCGUGCCCUGCCUGUCCCAGCCCCUGGAUAUUUCAUACGCCAUCCACCCAGAGGAUGCCAAAGCUCUGUGGGACACGGUGCAAAAAACGCCGGGAGAGAUCACCCAGGAGGAGGUGGAUGUGUUCAUGGACUGCCUUUAUGCCCACUUCCACAGGCACUUCAAGAUCCACUUGUCAGCUACAAAGCUGGUGAAGGUUUCCACAGCGGUUGCCUCGGCACACUGUGAUGGGAUUGUAAAGAUUCUACACAGCCAAUACCUGCCUGGAGUGCUGAUGCUACUGACUGAACUCGCAAUCUCUCAGAUGCAGUGAGAGCCAUUUCAGUAGCUCUUCAUACUAAAGAGGCUUUCUGUUUGGACAGUCUGUGCUGAGAAAGCACCAGGAAAUUCUCUCCUGCAGCAUCUUCUUCCCUCUCAUUCCAGCUGUCUGCAGUUGGACUGUAACAACAGCACUUGGCAGUGUAAUUCCAUGCUGUGCACAGCAAAGUCAAGCAGACAUUUGGCCCUGAAUAAGGGUUGCAAUGCAGACUUGUGACAGCUUCCUGAGCAGCUUUUUUUCCUCAGUCACUCAUUUCAUUUAUGUGCAGGUAUCAGCUCAGAGACAAACACUGCAAAUUCUUAAUGCAACUUGCUGACAGGUAUUUAUUUCUGUGCUUCAAAGUUAGUUUUCACUGGACAGCCUAAGCUACACAGGCCUUGGCUAAACUGUGACUACUCUUGGGCUAGUCUCUGCUAGAAAAGGAUUCUGCUCUAGAAUCCAGGGCAGAAAUACCCAGGUUUCUAAUUCCCUUUUUAGCUUGUUAAGGAUACUUGGUAAUGGUGAUAAUGUUCAUGUAUGUUCUAGCUGGGCAUGAGAUUGGACACAAGGCACUUGUCAGCCUGUUGGUCCUCCCAGGCAAGUUAAUAGAUAGGAAAGUGAGGUGUGGAUAAGCUUGAUAGUUACUAGGCUUUGUUGUGAUGUUUGUCAUCUUGGAUGUAAUCCUGUAGGCCAGAGAGCUCUCAGGGUUAGAGCUGUGGGCUAGAAUUUGAUGUUGGAACCCUCCCUUCUGGAACAAGUAAGAGUUCAGAGAGACAGUGCCCAGUGUCUGGCUAGACAUUUAAGGAGCACAAAGUAGCACCAGCUAAGAAGUUUUGUAAUACAGUUAUAAAUAAAAUAACUUCCAUCUUUUGUCUUAAGGAAAGACCACCUAUGCCUAAUUAAAUAUCUCCUUGCAUGGAGCUUAUAUCCAACUGUAGCUUACCUGACUAAGCCACCACUUGUUACUUAAUAAAUGCUUUUAUAAGCAGCAACAUUCCAACUCUAGUUUCUUGCUUCUCACUUGUGCAGCAUCUCUAGGAGCUGAUUUGUGUCCUAUGACCUUCUCCUAAAUAGGGAUGCAAGUUUCCUCUCUUUUCCCAGUGUAAAACUGCCUAAUAUGACAUAACUGCAUGCCUAGUUUCUAACCUAUUUCCAGAAUUAAACAAAGAAAACAUGCACUUGGAUUUCAGAUUCUUUACUAGUUGAAGAUGGAUCAUUUUUGCAUGUUAAGGUUGAAGUCUGUGGUAACUCUUACCCUGGUAAUGAGCAGCUAAGUGAUCUUCUGAAGGUUUUGGCAGCUCAGCAGCUACUUUAACUAUCACUUCUGGUGCUUUAGUUUCCUUUUUUGAAGUAUUUCAAAGUUUGCUAUCUGGAGUCAGAAGAGCACUGGGCAAAGGAAUACAAAGUCUGGAAAUAAUUGGCACCUUUAUUUGGUUUGAAAAUAGGAAUGUUACACCCAGGGCUAAGUUUUAAAACUAAUGCUCAGCUCUUCCAACAAAUUUGCAUAAAUAAUCUCUAAAAACCUAAAUUUUCAUAGAUUUUUUUAACCUUUUCCUUGUGUUGUCCUAUUUGAUAAAUGCAGUUAAGUGAGCAGAGAGAUUUAGCCAGAUAGCACAGAUGCUUCCUUCCAGAAAAAGCUGGUUCUGAGUGAUGUGAAUGGUAACAAUAAGCAGCAGAGUUUUAAGCCUCUUUUAUUGGGAUUUAUCUGGAAAAAAAAACCCUCCAGCAUCUUUGUCCACAUAAACUACAGAAAAACACCCCUCCUCCACUGCUUUCACCCCAAGGAACAAACCAAGAACGGCAUAGAAGAAAUUUAUUAAGAUAGCACUAUUUAUACAAGUUACUCAUGCUAGAAAAAAGCAUAAAUGAUACAUGUAAACAUUUGUUUACAGAAUACUUGUUUUCCUUGUAAAGGUGCAAAUGAUUUUCAUAUGUAAACACAAGAAUACCGACCUUUAGGGGGAAAAGGGUUUUAAAAAAAGUUUUAAUGUCCCAUUUAUGACUGUAGUGUAUUUUUUACUAUAUUCAAGCACAUUAAAAUCUGAGUUACAUGAAUCAAACAAAGAAGUUGAAGAACUUAAGAUGACAGCACUGCUUUUUUCAUCUCAAGAAUUUACAGGUCUCUUUUUUCAAAAUCAAAUUUAGUAAGGUCCACAGUUAGAUCAGGUGCAAAAGGUCAUUCUUCCACACUCAAUAGAAAUUACAGUACGAACAGAACUGUUGAGUCUUGAGUUCUUCCCUGCUCUCCCCCCACCCCUGGGUGACUCCACAGUUAUUCACAGUGCCAGCAAACAGCCCUUCCCCUCCAAACUCUGAAAUGAGCCUCACACCUUUCCCUGCUCUAACCAUACACAGGCAAAGUGCACAAAAACCACUCAAAGAGAGGGCACCAUCCGUCAUGGUCAGGAAUUCUACAGACACAGACAAGAGGGCAGCUGAGAUGAGGCUGGUCUGAGCAUUUUUCCAGCAGGAAGGAGCUGGCUGUGGGUCUGCCCUUCCAGUGAGAACACAAGAAGUGGGUGUCAAAAUUAACAGAUGACACCUGCACCCUGCUUCAGUCAAGAACUGAUAUCGAGCAGACAACAGGAGGAAAAAGGCUUUUAGAAGUGAGCU